CUCAUGAAGUAUAUGUCACUGUGUGUAUGUGUGCGCGUACUGUACGGGUGCAUGUGUACAAGUCCGUGGCUCUCAGGUCUGCGUGUUGGAUAGCUUUCUUCUGAUUUCCGCUCGGGGUUUAUUUGGAGUAGAAACUGAAUUUCUGAACAGUGUAAUUUACCAUGACGACAGAGACGAAUUCAGAGUUAGAAGGCAAGCCGGAGCAGCAGGGGGCAGGUUCGGCUCCGCCCCACGCAGCUCCACCCAUCGACGACCAGCUUCCACCGGCAGCUGCCCACAGCACACCAGUUAAAAAAGAGCAGAACGGGGCAAGAGAGACAGGAAGUGUUGCACAGGGGAAAACCGAUCAGCAGUCGACUGAGGACGAGUCCACCCCCUACAAGUCCUCCUCCAGCAAGCUCUCCAAGUCUCCCAUCAAAGUUGCCAAGAAGCCCAAAAACAUGCAGUGCAAAGUCACACUUCUGGAUGGCACGGACUACAGCUGUGUAGUGGAAAAACGAGACAAAGGCCAGGUGCUUCUUGACAAAGUCUGUGAGCAUCUUAACCUUCUGGAGAGAGACUACUUUGGUAUCACAUUCCGUGAUGUAGAAAAUCAAAAGAACUGGUUGGAUCCAGCCAAAGACAUGAAGAAGCAAGUCAGGGGAGUUGCCUGGAAUUUUUCCUUCAAUGUGAAGUUUUAUCCUCCGGACCCUGCUCAGCUCUCUGAGGACAUCACAAGGUAUUACCUGUGUCUGCAGUUGAGAGAUGAUGUGGUGUCUGGUCGUCUUCCCUGCUCUUUUGCGACACACUCGGUGCUUGGUUCAUACACAGUCCAGUCAGAGCUAGGAGAUUACGAUCCAGAUGAGUACAGCACCGACUACGUCAGCGAGUUUCGUUUUGCUCCGAACCAAACCAAGGAACUCGAGGAGAAGGUCAUGGAGCUCCACAAGACCUACAAAGGGAUGAUGCCAGCUGAAGCGGAAAUGCACUUCCUAGAGAAUGUCAAAAAGCUGUCGAUGUAUGGCGUGGACCUUCAUCAUGCCAAGGACUCGGAGGGGGUGGAAAUAAUGCUAGGAGUGUGCUCAUCUGGCCUUCUCAUCUACCGAGACCGGCUGCGCAUCAACAGAUUUGCUUGGCCAAAAGUCCUCAAGAUCUCCUACAAGAGGAAUAACUUCUACAUCAAAAUCCGACCUGGAGAGUUUGAGCAGUUUGAAAGCACAAUCGGCUUUAAACUUCCCAAUCAUAGAGCAGCUAAGAGACUCUGGAAGGUUUGCGUGGAGCACCACACCUUUUUCAGGUUGGUAUCUCCAGAAACUCCACCUAAGAAGUUCCUGACUCUUGGUUCCAAGUUCCGCUACAGUGGCCGAACCCAAGUCCAAACUAGACGGGCCAGUUCACAAAUAGUUCGCCCAGCUCCCUUCUUUGAGCGCUCAACCAGCAAACGCUACAUCAUGUCCCGCAGUCUGGAUGGAGAGAUGGGCACAGCAUUGUACGGCGCUGCAAAGGGCAUUGCCAUGAGUGACCUCAUUACCACAAUUACACCAGAGAAAAAGGCAGAGGAGAAGAGAUCAGAGGAAGAGGAAUUGAUACUCGUAGAAAAUAUAGUUGUGGAAGAAGAGGAUGAGAUAACCAAGGCUACAGAAGUGUCCCAGCCAAGUCCACCAACUCCUGUCCGACAAGACACAAGGACUGAUUUUACAGACACUGCUAUUGAUGGUGAAUUGACAGCAACAGAGUCGGAUCAGGACGACGAAUCUGAAAUAAAGAUCCAGCCCAGUUUUAUAAGGAGAAUUAAAGGGGAAAAUGUGUUUAUCAGACAUAGUAAACUGAUGCUGGAGGAGGUCGAUGCAACACCAGACCUGAUCAAACACCAAACCAAUAUUAGUGAGCUGAAGAGGACUUUCCUGGAGGGAGGCACAAGUAAAUCGGGUUUAACAGAGUGGGAGAAACGUCUCUCCUCAUCCCCACUGCGAUCCCCCCGACUGGAUGAGGCUCCUAUGAUUGAACCCUUAGAGCCUGAGGAUACCAAAGAAGAUUUGGAAACAGCAGGCGAGAAGGAGGAGGUUGCUAUAGGUGCAGACGAAAGGGACAGCCUGGAUGACGGAAAAGAUGAUGUGGAGUCUGAUGGUUGGGUAAUUAUAGACAAGGUCCCGCCUAAGGUACCUGAAAAGAAAAACGUAGUCAGCUACAAAGUAGUGGGCAUUACUAACAUUGUUACCGCUGACGAGGCUUUGGGAAACGUAGCUCUCAAAAAGGCAUCAGCCAUACAGGAGGAAGUCCGUGAAAAGACGUUCGCACUCGGCAAGUCUUAUGACACUAUGACAGGGAAGAUCGUGACCACCACCAAAGAAGAUGACUUUCCAUCUCCAACUCUCACCGUAGAGCAGAGGAAGCUCUCUGAUCAAACAACCACCACAGCUGUAAAGAUUAUACCAGUCUCUGUUGAGAAGCUUGAGCCUGCAAUCCUGGCAACCACAGAAGCCAUAACAGCACCAGGUAUCACAGUUAAGGAAGCAAGGACCCCUUCUCCCUCUGAGCCUGCAGGCGUGGUGAAAAUGGUGGUGGUUGUCGAUUCCGGUGGGGAAACUGAAGAGGCGAAAAAGGAUGAGCUGAAGCUGCUUACAGAUUCUUCAAUCACCCUUACGCCCCGGUCCCCUGUCCGGUCCCCGCUUCGGUCUCCACUCAAAUCUCCAUCGAAGUCAGUGGAAUUGGGUGUGAGGCCCAGCCCUGGCACUUAUCUAAUCAAAACCUCUCCAACAGCCAGAGUGCCUAAGCCCACAUUCGAGGAGAUGUCUCCGGAGCUCACUGCUCUGUUAAAGUCUGCUCAUGACCAGAUCAGCACUCGCACCUGGUCCUCCUCCUCAACCGCUACUGGGCAAACUUGGGCCGUCCUUAAGACAUCUUCCGGUCCUGAUGGGACUCUUCAUCAGCCAGCAGAUACACAGGAACUUCUAGAAAAAGACCAGCCAAGAGAAGAGGAGCAAGCAGCUGAUUUACAGCAGCAUACCGUAUCAGAACAGUCACAGGUUUCGUCCGUGCUCCAGACAGCAGAGGUCAUAACCUUUAGCAGUCCAUUGUCAGGAGAGUCAGAUAGUGUGGUGGUACAGGAAGUGCCAAUGAUCCACACGGAAAUGAAGACUAUAACAUACGAGACUCAGCAGGCUGAUACGGGCGGUGACGCGGAGCCAGGGAUUCUCAUAGGUGCAAAGACCAUCACUUCCGAAACCACCAGUACAACCACCACCACACAUAUCACGAAGACUGUGAAGGGAGGCGUUUCAGAAACCAGGAUUGAGAAACGUAUUGUCAUCUCAGGGGACGCAGACAUCGACCAUGAUGAGGCCCUGGCUCAGGCCAUUAAGGAAGCCAAAGAGCAGCACCCCGACAUGUCAGUGACCAAAGUAGUGGUCCACAAAGAGACUGAAAUCACACCGGAAGAUGGCGAGGAGUGAUGCAGGAUUAGAGCGUCUUCAUAUUUUCUGAAGCAGUCUCAUCUACACCAUGUGGAAUAAAGGACAUUUUGGAGAUGCUGCUUUGGAAAAACAGCACCACAGAUACAUCAAUGGAUAUUACUUCAUCUGAACACUGCUGGAGUCACCUUCUAACAAACCCAUGCUCACUUUCUCCUGCAACACAUGCUUACUGAUCUCCUGGCUAGCCUGGUCCAGCACUGUUCAAUGACAUUGCAUGACAAGGGAACAACACCUUUCCUGUAAAGAGAACAAACGCUAUGUACAAUGUAGGAAAUGCUCAACGACCGCAGUGUAAAUUUAAGUCUCCCAUGCACACUCCUUAGAAAGGGGAAAAUAAAUAUGUGGCAAGAACUUUGAAAAUAGUACUAAUAUUAUGAUCUACAUUUUAUUUAUUAGAACACUUCUCAAUACAAGAAAAUAAGAAUAAUAAUAGACUGCAUCUGUAUGAGCACCCAGUAUUUAACCAUGCAAUAGAUGUGUCAUUGAAUCCGGUCACGAUGUCCUGUUCCGGCCACCUCUACCCUGCCUCUGACGUGUUCUCCUUGAAUGUACGUGUGGCUGAGAAUAUGAAUGACGUAUACUUGCUUUAUAGUCCAUGCAUACUAGGAAAAAAUAUAUGUUUUUACAAGAUGUAUAACAAAUUUUAGUUUUUUUUCUUUUUUCCUCAAUAGUUCUUAAUUAAAUGUUUGAACUUUUAAAGAAUGAAUGCACUGUGACCAUAUUUGACACUGACUCCAGGUCCGUGCUAAAAGAGAUGUCUUUGCAAGCCGACUUCGGCCUCAAUCUCACAUGUUUAAGUCAUUUACCGUCCCCUCGAAAAUCAUCCUGCCCACAACUGCGCCUUAAAGUGUAUAAACUGGACGGAGAAUCAGAAACAUCACCAAUGAUGUAUUUUAAUCCUUCUUUUUCUGAUCUUUCUUUUUCUUUUUUUUAUUAUAUUAUUAUUAUUAUCAUCAUUAUUAUUAGCAUCUUUGUUGUUGCUGAUGUUGGCCUGUGUGUUUUUAAUCCAUCAUGCUGCCAUAUGCUUCACUCCGUGUUGAAUGUGUUUACCACAUGAGCUCAAAUAAAAAAAAUAAACAAAUUUAAAAAAUGUAUUUGAGAGAUUUUUCUAGGGUUCAUUCUCAAAGGAAUAGUCUGCUGUACCAGAAUAUACAUUUCUUUAAUUAAUAUAUAGUUUUGUCAGAAAUGCAGGUAGAUACUUUUAUAAAAAGAAAUCUACUGUAUAUUAUAAUAUUUGUUCCAAUAGCUUUUACAUGAUUUCAUAUAUGUAUUCUACACAAUCAUGUGUUUACUCUUGUAUUAUUUGGGCGAUAAUCACACUGCAAACCACGACGAACACAAAUAACUUUUUAUAAGAGCACCGUGCUGCAAAGCAGCUUCUGUGCAUUAAAACAUUUACUGUUGAAGAGCACUUUAGAGUUUAAAUAAUCAAACUUUUCCAUCUAUGUGCUCCUUUCUUUAUGCCUUUCUUUAUUCGUAGACCAUAUAUCUGUUGUCACCAUCAUGUUUCUUGACAAAAGGCACCAACACCUGCACACAAGUUUAACUUCAAAUGACUUUCAGUUUACUAUGUUUGUUUUUUUCUUUUUUUAAUCUUUUUUAUCGCUUAACUCAUUUCCACUGGAGUUGCUUAAAGUUUUUCAUCACCAUGGUUGACCUUGGUUAAGAUUAAUUCUUUAAUAAAAUUAUACCCAAUUAACAGCAGUA